UUUGGGAAUUGAAGGACAAAACAAAGUAAAAAAUAUCGAAUUUUGUCCUGAAAGACUCGGAGCCAUGCUAGGUUAUUAACAUAUCAAAAGUGGCCUUUUUACGAUAUUUCCGCCUUUCCACAAUUUUACAGAGUUUUUAACUUUAAUUACCAGAAGUUUUACAUCCCAUCAAAGCAUGUUUUCCAACGACAGGCGAAACCUAUGUUUUCAAUCUUUCUGUGCUUUUACUUUUGGUUUGGCUAACAGAAAUUCUUUCACCAAUAUCUGUGUUAAGUUAACUUUAUCAUUUCACAUUUAAUUCAUACUUUAAUUAAUUCUUUGGUUUCAGUAAAGCACAUUUCAUUGGAGAGAUUCAGGAGCUGAGGGAAGAAAAUGUCUGAACAAGGUGACGUCAUUCGCGAUUUGACACUUCCUGUGUUCGUUCACUUCUCCAUUUCCGCGGAUUCGGAAUGCACCAUUCAGUUGCAUGGGGACUAUGACGGUUCGCUUGAUUUGCAGAUCCUAGAUUUUAUGACUGAAUCCCUUUUCUGUGACUUUUUAUGCGAAAUCAUUGAUGCUAUAUCCGAUAGAAAAACGGUAAAGUUCAUUCAACUUCUCAAACCUUCUUCAGCGUUAGAGGAAGAGCUUCGAAUAUUGAACCGUAGGCGAAUAAAUUGGUUUCGUGCAACAGACGAUCAAACCAAUUCGAGAAUCCGUGAAAUCGUCGAGAGCUCAGGAGACCUCAUUUCUCCUUAUCCAGCAGAAGGAACGAUUAGAAGCAUUCGCGUCCUAAUCAACAGCGAGACGGACCCCACUGGAGAGCUACGGACAAAUCUUAAUCAGGCUAUUGCCGAGGAAAUUGCGUUCUGCGCUGAACUGGAGGAGGUUGAUGACGAAAUGGAGGAUUGCCAAGAUUUUACAAUGGAAGAUAAAUACCUCUCAGACAAAGAAGAAGAGAUUGACAAAGAGGUUCAAGCGAAUCCUGAAAAGCCUUGCUAUUAUCCUUCGCAAAUAGAGAUGGCAGCUAUCCUAAAAAAGCGAAUUGACAUCAUUAUGUCGCAUUAUCACAACAUUUCGAGCCUGAGCAAUGUCUUUAACGAUGUGGAGUUCGUGGUGUACACGGCCCCGUAUAGAAUGCUCAGCGAUCAGACGGAGAAGAGGAUCUGUCAUUCCGAUGCUGGUGUAUUGUCGAAAGAAGAACUGAAAUCCCGAGAUGGCUUACAUGGAAAGAAACGGAUUUUUAUGUAUGUUCACAGCACAGAAACGGAAAAGCACUUUCAAGAACUCAAAAGGGCUGUUCAUGAAAAGCCUAACACUCUCUUCGUCAUCAUAGAAGAUGAGUGUCACUGGGACAUCGGGAAAGACAAGGAAGAGAAACCUUCUGCCCACAAUCUCUUCAUCAACGAAUGGUGUAAAGACAAAUCGCCCCAAAAUGUGUUUGUUGUCCAGAUCUCUGCAACACCCUUCAACUUCCUAACAGAGAACUCUCGUCUUCCAGAGGUCCGAUGCAGUCUUCUUAACAACGAAAUUUUUAUCACUGGAAAUGAGUAUCAAGCAGGCGAUCUUGUGGUGCUGGAAAGAGAACCUGACUUGGAAGAGCAUGUGAAAAACAACUCAAAGGAAGUAGAACUUCAUGUUGUUCACUGGUCAGAAGUCGAAUUGAAAAACUUCGAAAGUGGGAUGCGGAUGAAGCUCAAAUCAACUCUAAGUAACGAAGAUGCACCAAAUCAAUACCUUCACGUUUCUCCCGACGGAGAGCUGGGUGUUACAUGUACUGAAGACGACGCUAAUGAUUUCAUUGUACAAGGCAGCAACGGGAUCGUGAUCCUCAAAGUUUUACCAACCAACGAACAGCAACAAGCGAAGCCUCUGACAGUUAGUCAAGAUGCAAACGAAAAUUUGGUUGCCAAAGUUGACCCCCCAAAUCCAACAAGAUUUGAAUUGAAGCUAGAUUUUGGCGUUGGAGUUCUGGCGUUUUGUUCAUGUGCAAAACAAAAUCACUAUAUUGGUGUUGAUGAACUUGGUUAUGUCAGUCUAAAACCAGCCAGAGUGGAGCGCAAACGUGGUGUGUUCAUCAUGAAACCACCACCAGAUAUAGCUGGAGUCUGCUCUUUCUCCUACCAAUUCUUCACUGAUCGAUGUGGUCCGGCAGAAGUUGACUUGGUUGGACAACAGUAUAUGAGUUUGAAUUUCUACCUGAGCACCAUGAACUCUUCCAACAAAAACGAGCAGAAGAUAAGGGAAGAUGUCUUUUUCCAAAAGAUCGUGGACAAGGCGAAGAGACAGAAGAAAAUUUCUAAAACAGACGCUCCUUCCUUCUCAGUUGAUGCCUUGCUAUGUUCGGAGUACUGCUACUACAUUCUCCUUGCCAGCGUUUACGACAUUGAAGAGAAAAUACGGGAAGCACUAACUUCUAAUAUCGAUGAAUCACCUGUUGCUGAGUUUGACAGAAAAGUCGAUUUACUUUCCAACAAACUAAGGAAAGAAAAAACAAAUUCCAAAAAGUGCAUUGAACCUGAAGCUUUCGAGUUUGUUCGAAAGGAACUCUGUAAGAAAGCGAGAGACGAUUUUAAAGAAGGUAUCAGGCAAUUGAGAAGAUUCGGUAAGCACAAUUCAACGACAGAAAAGCAAGAGGAGUUAAAGAAAGUAACGAAAGAAUUGACUACUUCAUUUGUCGCCUGCAUUAUGCAUCUUCCUUUGAAUGAGCUGCAAACAAUUAUGGAAGACCCUCACCUAAACAGCGAUAUUGAAGAGAUAAAACAAAGGCUGUAACAAAAUGACUUCCAAGAGAUGAUUGAAGAAUGGAUGUGUAAUCUCAAAAAA